AUUGUUCCCACUAUACCUUGAUGGCCAGAUACGGAAGUCCAUGUUUAGUGCUUCAAUCAAUUCUUCAGUAGGUUCUGAAAAUGUCAUUGAUACGAGGUUCGAUGUCAAGAUUAGUUUUAAGUAUAUCAUCGUGGAAGGGGAUUUUCGAUAACCAAGUCCAACAUUAGCUCAUUCCGCAUGAUGGCGCGCGUUGUAAGGAUGGAUUAUAUGCUGUGAUGAUAUAAAUGUAAUGCUAAAGGCGAGCAUUCAAUUCCCAUUUUUUUGGUGGCAGGCUGUCUCUUCCGGGCUGUGGAAUUGGUGUAUACCUGACUUCGUAUCUACUAUAGAGCCAGUAUUAGUCAAUAUUUGCUGUCAUAUGCGCCAACUUCCUAUAGGUCAAUCGUUUGCGGGUCCCUAUGUAGAACAAAAACUAUCCUGUGUUGCUAUUGACAUCAUCCCAUGUAAACCAUUAGUUCCACGUUCCUUGAAAAAUAUAAUGCAUCCACGUUUGAUUGAAAGAGACCACCAAGUCACUGAUGAUCAGGGUUAUUUUAUCAUUAAUUUGGAAGGCGGGAAUGUCAACAAAUAUUUGGGAGUGCGUACUACAACAGACCCUAUGGAUUUUGCCAAAAUUUUGCAUAAGGCUAAUCAAAAAAUCAAGACCAAUGUGGAAGCGAAAUUGAUUGCAAGUUAUGGAAAGAAGGAGUAGUAAUACUGUAAAGGUUUUUUUUUAUUAUUAUUAUUGUUUUUCUGAAUCCUGUCUCAGUGUAGAAUAAAGUUUUUAUAAAAUGAUCUUUAGCAACAUCAAUAUAGUUGGAUACAUAUAUCAUAAAGAAAAUCAUCAGUGAAUAGAUACAAAUUUCAUACUCUCUUCGUCAUUGAAUUCUGUAACUGACUCAAUAUUCA